CGUACUUCAUGGACUUCGGGGACGCGCUUCACGAGCUCCGCUGCUAGCUUCGCACAGUGGCGAUAAUCGAAGGGAAAAAAUACGCACUCUCUCUACUCCGUUAACCUGCGAUGUCGAGUUGAUUUUUAAUCCCCGGUGCACGCUCGAAGCCCCAUUUUUAAAAACGGACCAGAGCGCUAAAUAUGGCCAGCAAAGUAUGGCAUACAGAAUUGUGGAAGACAUGGGAUAAGCAUGGGAAAAAUGAUUUCCUCAAGCUAAUCAAGCACAAAUUUAAGGAAGGCAACACACCAGAAUGGAGACGCGGAAUAUACGAAUUAAUUUCAAAUGGAAUCCAUGGAAACGUAAAAAAGGACAGUGUAGUUCAGACAUUAGGUGAACUUACGAGUUUUGAUGUACCUUCCAUACCAUCUGCAAUAGUAGACAUAUUUACUUUAAUUGAUGUGGAAGUGCAUAAUGAGGAAAGAAACAACUUUUACUAUAUCGUGAAAGAAUCUGAGAAGUUUUUGACCGAUAGAAUAUUGAAAGAACGUUUAGAGAUUGAUACUUUACAAGAUGUAGGGACAUUGAAAAACAAAAAUUUUCAAACCAAAUUUAUAAAAGUAAAAACAAAGUUAUAUUAUAAACAAAGGAAAUUUAAUUUAUUUCGUGAAGAGAGCGAAGGUUACUCCAAGCUCAUUGUAGAAUUGAAUCAGGAGCGCCCAGAUAGUGAGGUGGCCUCGACAUUGGAAAUUGUUAAAUCUCUUAUCGGUUAUUUUAAUCUUGAUCCUAAUAGAGUACUCGACAUCUUAUUAGAGACUUUUGAAAACCGACCGCAAGACGACGCUCUAUUUAUUCCUUUAAUACGUUCAUACAUGAGCGAUCAGCAGGUACUUUGUGAAGUGUUAGGAUUCAAAUACUGCUCUACCAUCAACGCCACGCCGUUCUCGCUGCAGAAGGUCACCGCGCUCAUGCUGCAGCAUGGUGUAAUUAAACUGGAUGAUAUAUUACCUUGGUUGGUGCCAGAUGAUAAGACUAUAAUAUUAGAUCACGAGCAGGUGAUGAAACAGGCCAAGGAAUAUGUGCGGAAAUUGAGUGUGAUCUCAACAAAAGACAAGGAAGAUGUUGUGGAAGAGAAGGAGAAUGCACAAGACAAGUACACGAACAAUCAAAAAUUUGGAUUAUGUGAAGCACUUCUGGAAAUUGGAGCUUGGGAAGUAGCACAAAGCUUAUUCAGUCGUUUACCGGACUAUUGUCUCACAGAUCAACGUCCCAUAGCUUUAGCGUUGUGCAAAAUGAUUCAGUCUCUUAUAGAACCUGUAUACCGAAAACAUUGUAUUGUUUCUCCAAAAUUGCCGGGCCGUAAAGUGCCUCCAUUGAAGAGUUCCCUCGCGCCACCAUCGUUACGCGAUCUGGAGGACAUUCAUGAUCACUUAUUGCCGAUGUUGAUCGUACUCGGACCGAAUCUUCACCAGGAUCCUAUUUUAAUGUACAAAGUGAUGAGACUUUGUCACACCGCCAUCAAGCACUGUCCACUUGACGCAAGCAAGCAACCUCUGAACAAAAACUGCAGUCUCUAUUAUGACGUGCUGACUAUACUCGAUGUCGCACUUUUACCCUCCCUCUCCUUCAUGGAUUGUAAUUGUUGUGUCGCCGAGGAAUUGUGGAACAUCCUUAAAUACUACCCUUAUCAAAAUCGUUAUAGUUUAUACGCGCGCUGGAAAAAUGACACGGCAUUACAGCACGCUGCACUCCUGCGAAAACGCGCCGAUGCUCAAAAAAAGAUCAAAUCGAUCAUGAAGCGCGUGAGCAAGGAAACGAUCAAGCCAGUCGGCCGAUCAAUAGGCAAGCUUACACAUUCUUCGCCAGGUGUACUAUUCGAUUACGUCCUCAUACAGAUCCAAUUAUAUGACAACCUAAUAGGACCUGUGGUGGAUUCUUUAAAGUACUUGACAAAUAUCUCGUAUGAUGUAUUGGGAUAUUGUCUAGUAGAAGCUUUAGCGGGUGCUGAUAGGGAUAGAUUUAAACACGACGGCACCAGUAUAUCUUUGUGGCUGCAAUCUCUGGCUUCUUUUUGUGGAGCGAUAUUUAAAAAGUAUAACAUCGAAUUAACAGGGUUGUUACAGUAUGUAGCGAAUCAACUUAAAGCUCAAAAGAGCUUAGAUCUGUUAAUAUUAAAAGAAAUAGUACAAAAAAUGGCUGGUAUUGAGGCAGCCGAAGAAAUGACAUCUGAUCAAUUAGAUGCUAUGGCAGGCGGAGAUCUUUUGAAAAAUGAGGCUGGUUACUUUAGUCAAGUCCGCAAUACGAAGAAAUCCUCGCAACGUUUGAAGGAAGCUCUUGCCGAACAAGAUCUAGCGGUCGCGCUGUGCUUGUUAAUGGCACAGCAAAAACAUUGCGUUGUUUAUAGAGAAACAGAUAAAUCUCAUUUAAAACUCGUUGGCAAGUUGUAUGAUCAAUGCCAGGAUACGCUAGUACAAUUUGGAACUUUCCUGGGUUCAACUAUGACGGUAGACGAGUAUGUCGAGCGACUACCUUCGAUUCAUUCUAUGCUCCAGGAUAAUCACAUACAUUCGGAUGUCGCGUUUUUCCUGGCACGGCCAAUGUUCGCGCAUGCCAUAAAUAUAAAAUAUGAUGCUCUCCGUAAAGCUGAUCCGAAUUAUAAAAAAAUGUCCACGGCAAUGAAGCAAUUAAAGUAUGCAGAAGCCGCGCAAGCUGUUAUGGCACCUGUUGCUCAAUCUGUUAGGCCGUUGCAUCCUCUAAAGGUUUGGGAGGAUAUAUCACCACAAUUCUUAGUCACGUUUUGGUCUCUAUCGAUGUACGAUUUGUAUGUGCCAGUGGAAAGCUAUCAAAGAGAAGUCAGCAAGUUGAAGCAACUUGCAGCGCAAACCUCCGAUUCCAAAGACGUGAAUGUAAGUAAGGGAAAGAAGGAACAAGAAAGAUAUACCACUCUUAUUGAAAAACUGCAGGAUGAAAAGAAGAAGCAAGAGGAGCACGUCGAAAAAGUUUUUGCGUACCUGAGACAAGAAAAGGACACAUGGUUUUUAUCACGAAGCGCUAAAUCUGCAAAGAAUGAAACGAUAACGCAAUUUCUACAGUUGUGCCUAUUCCCACGAUGUACAUUCACAACUGUGGACGCCAUGUACUGUGCGAAAUUUGUACAUACCAUCCAUUCUCUGAAGACUGCAAAUUUUUCAACUCUGCUUUGCUACGAUCGUCUUUUCUGUGAUAUUACAUAUUCAGUCACUUCGUGCACAGAGAACGAAGCAAAUCGAUAUGGCAGAUUUUUAUGCGCUAUGCUGGAAACUGUAAUGAGAUGGCAUUCCGAAAAAGCCAUAUUUGAUAAGGAAUGCAGUAAUUAUCCUGGUUUUGUAACCAAGUUUCGCGUGAGCAAUCAAUUUUCCGAAGCAAAUGAUAUGGUUGGAUUUGAAAAUUACAGACACGUGUGUCACAAAUGGCAUUAUAAGAUCACAAAGGCUAUUGUAGUGUGUCUAGAUUCUAAGGAUUAUGUGCAAAUAAGGAAUUCUUUGAUAAUAUUGAUAAAAAUAUUACCACAUUUUCCUGUCUUGGCAAAACUCUCUCAGAUUCUCGAACGAAAGGUAGAAAAGGUGAGAGAGGAAGAGCGUGGCCAGCGCCAGGACUUGCAUGUCCUAGCAACAUCGUAUAGUGGGCAAUUGAAAGCUAAAACUCCCAAUAUGAUACGUGAAUCAGAUUUCCACCAUGUGGGCGAUAAGGCUGGUAAAACUCAAGAUGCAACGAAUAAUGAAACGAGUGAAAAAGUUAGCAAUGGAGUAACGGUGAAAGAAAAUAACAAUGGAGAUACUCGACCAGAAAAAGAAAACAAGGAGCAACGAGAAAAACGGAGCUCCUCCAAUCAAACGCAUCACGAUAUCAAUUCUUUGAAUAGUGAAAACUCUGAAAAAUUCAGAAAGAAAGAAGACAGUAAAGAUGUUUUGGAAGCAAAAGAAAAAUAUGUUAAAAAAGAAGAAGUGAAAGACGAUGAGGGAUUAGAAAAGAAAGAUCGCAAAUAUUAUAAGGAAGAGCACUAUUAUAGCAGCGCUGUAGAUAAUUUAGAUCGAGAUCUUUCCAGUGUUUCAAAUAGUAGUGCGAGUUCGGGUCCUUUACAAGAAGGUCCUGAAAGAGUUUCAGAUGUAAAAAGAAGAAGAGUAGAGAGCACUCCAAAGGUGACUAUAUUUUAUAAUUUUAAUUUUUUUUUUACGUUUUCUCUUUGCAUAAAUAUUUUUAUGUUCAGCAGGAAGGGAGACGCGCGGAAGUUGGACUGGAUAAAAAAGAACGUUCUAGUAAAGGAAAAACACGUGAUGAACAGAAGGAGCUGCGUAAGGAAAAGAAACAGGGACGAAAAAGGGAUCGGGCAGAAGAAUCCAUACCAACUACCGAGCAGAAACGAAGAAAAGAUGAUGAAAGAGCCAAAGGUACACAUCAGAACGGUGACAUUCCUGAACAUAGAGAAAAGCAUCAUUACAGUAAGGAAAAAUCUCCAUACGCAAAGGAUCGUCCUCAUGAACGUGAAGGACGUGAAAGCCGUGAUAAGCACAGAAGGAGUUCAGACCCGAAACGAAGAUGAUGUACAACAGCGGAAAGGAGCUCGACUUAACAUUUUCUAUGCUAUGUUUGAUGUUGCAUGUAAUGAACGUAGAAUUCAAAAUAAAGCAAAAAGAUAGUCGGUAAUUUGUAUAUUAUAUGUUUUAACAACAUCCAAUUUUAUAAAAUAAAUUAUCUGAAUGUCCAAUA